CCCAGGUGCGCGCCGGCGGCGGCACAGAGCGGGCGGCGGGCACCGGCACGACCGGCACCGGAUCCACCCGCCGCUGCUUCUCCUCUCCCUUUCCUGGAGGAAGAAGGAAUCCCGUUUAUCCUAGCCCGCCUCGUUCCGCGCAGUCCGGCGCGGUGAGGAUCCGCGGUAGUGAGCGGAUGUGCCGCCUCCCCGUACAGCGGCAGCCCCGGGGGAGAGCUGCGGUUAAGCGGGCUGCGACCCCCGACCGCCGGGACACUUAAAGCACCUUGGAUGAAUCAUAGCCCCAGUCAAGUAUUAGUGGUACUGCAGCUUCCAUAGUUUAAUAUUUACUGAAAAGGAACAUCUUCAGACACUGAUUUGCAGAAGAUUCUGGAACACAGAGGAGCAGCUGAGAGUCUUCAGACCAUUUCUUGUCUUCUCUAAACUCAGAAAAUCACCUUCACCUUCUGGAUGUCCAAGCCUUUCACCUUAAACUUUAAGCUUUAUAUUUUCUGCUUGAUAACAAAUUACCCUCUCAAUCUGUUGUUAUUUUAAGGGGCUGGGGAGCUGAACUCGCUAGCUGACCAGCAUGGCGAAGGUUAGGGUGGUUUUAACUGUUUGCCAGUUGGUGCUAGAAUUGUUAAUGAAUUCAUUAACUGAGUCUUCCAUACCGAGUAAUGAAUGUCCACAGCUUUGUGUAUGUGAAAUCAGGCCAUGGUUUACACCACAGUCAACGUACAGGGAAGCCACGACAGUUGACUGCAAUGACCUUCGACUAACAAAAAUCCCCAGCAAUCUUUCCAGUGACACUCAAGUCCUUCUGUUACAAAGCAACAACAUUGCAAAGACCACAGAUGAACUCCAACAGCUGUUUAAUUUAACAGAAUUGGAUUUUUCACAAAAUAACUUCACAAGUAUCAAAGAUGUGGGGCUCUCAAAUCUCACCCAACUUACUACUUUGCACCUGGAAGAAAACCAAAUAACGGAGAUGACCGACUACUGCUUGCAAGACCUUUGCAAUCUUCAGGAGCUAUAUAUAAACCACAACCAGAUCAGCAGUAUUUCUGCAAAUGCAUUCUCUGGCCUGAAGAAUCUUUUGAGAUUACAUCUCAACUCCAACAAAUUAAAGGUUAUUGACAGCCGUUGGUUUGAUUCUACUCCUAACUUAGAGAUUCUCAUGAUUGGAGAAAAUCCAGUGAUUGGAAUACUAGAUAUGAAUUUCAAACCACUCUCAAAUUUAAGGAGUCUAGUUUUGGCAGGAAUGUAUCUCACAGACAUUCCUGGCAAUGCCUUGGUAGGCUUGGAUAGUCUUGAAAGCCUUUCCUUCUAUGACAACAAAUUGGUAAAAGUUCCUCAGCUUGCACUUGAGAAAGUUCCAAAUUUAAAAUUCCUGGAUCUCAACAAAAAUCCGAUUCAUAAAAUUCAAGAAGGUGAUUUUAAAAACAUGCUCAGAUUGAAAGAGCUUGGCAUCAAUAAUAUGGGAGAACUCGUUUCUGUUGAUAGGUAUGCGCUGGACAACCUGCCUGAACUUACAAAGCUCGAAGCCACCAACAAUCCAAAGCUGUCUUACAUACAUCGUUUGGCAUUUCGCAACGUUCCUGCCCUGGAGAGCUUGAUGCUGAACAACAAUGCCUUGAAUGCAGUCUACCAAAAGACAGUGGAAUCCCUUCCAAACUUGCGUGAGAUCAGUAUCCACAGUAACCCGCUCAGGUGCGACUGUGUCAUUCACUGGAUCAACUCAAACAAAACCAAUAUCCGUUUCAUGGAACCUCUAUCCAUGUUUUGCGCUAUGCCUCCAGAAUACAGAGGACAGCAGGUGAAGGAAGUGUUAAUACAGGAUUCAAACGAACAAUGUCUUCCAAUGAUCUCUCAUGAGACCUUUCCAAAUCACUUGAACUUGGACAUCGGCAUGACAGUGUUUUUAGAUUGUCGGGCCAUGGCAGAACCCGAGCCAGAAAUUUACUGGGUCACUCCUCUCGGCAAUAAAGUAACUGUCGAAAGUCUCUCCGACAAAUACAAGCUGAGUAGUGAAGGCACCUUGGAAAUCUCUAACAUCCAGGUUGAAGAUUCCGGGAGGUACACCUGUGUUGCUCAGAACAUAGAAGGGGCUGACACGAGGGUCGCUACUAUCCGGGUGAACGGAACGCUUUUGGAUGGUACCCAGGUUCUGAAAAUCUAUGUUAAGCAAGCCGAAUCACAUUCCAUCUUAGUUUCUUGGAAAGUUAAUUCCAAUGUCAUGACUUCCAAUUUAAAAUGGUCAUCGGCCACUAUGAAGAUUGACAACCCUCACAUUACGUACACUGCUAGAGUCCCGGUUGAUGUACACGAAUACAACCUCACGCAUUUACAACCAUCUACGGAUUAUGAAGUGUGUCUAACGGUGUCAAAUAUCCAUCAGCAAACACAGAAGUCCUGCGUUAACGUUACAACAAAAAACGCAGCUUUUGCGCUAGAUAUUUCAGACCAAGAAACCAGCACUGCCCUCGCAGCGGUGAUGGGAUCCAUGUUUGCCGUCAUUAGCCUCGCCUCCAUUUCUGUUUAUAUUGCAAAAAGAUUUAAGAGAAAAAACUACCAUCACUCAUUGAAAAAAUAUAUGCAAAAGACCUCUUCAAUCCCACUGAAUGAGCUCUACCCUCCACUUAUUAAUCUCUGGGAAGGUGACAGUGAAAAAGACAAGGAUGGUUCUGCAGAGACCAAGCCAACUCAAGUCGACACAUCCAGAAGCUAUUACAUGUGGUAACUCAGAGGAUAUUUUGCUUCUGGUAGUAAGGAGCACAAAGACUUUUUUGCUUUAUUCUGCAAAAAUGAGAAGUUGAAGACUUUUGUAUUUUUGACUUUGCUAGUUUGUGGCAGAGCGGUGAGGACAGGUGGAUAUUUCAGAAUUUUUUAGUAUAGCGUAUCGCAAUUGUUUGACACAAAUGGCAGCUUCACCUAGCUUCCAAUUAUUUUUUUUUUCCCCUUUUCCUUUUUUUUUUUUUUUUUAGUUAUUGUGCUAAACUUAAUGCUGUUCUAACUACAGUGCUGAAUAAAAUUAAUGAGAGCUGGGGUUACCCUGUGAUUCCAACGUAGCACAACCCCAUUCUUCUGAAGCCAUCAGUAGAGUACAGUAUCUUGCAAAGCUAACAUACAGUUUUGAAACUGCAUUGAACUAGGUUUGUAACGCUGGUCUAAGGACUCGUACACUGAGAAAAGGAGACCUUGAAUGAUGUUAGUUGACUGUACUGUAAUGUUGUAUCAACUGAUUUGAAUGUUUUUGACUUUGAACAAUGAGUUUUCUUUUUUUCUUUUUAUUUUUGUAGUAGUUGAGAAGGCUUAGGUAAAGCUAACAGACAAUAGAAAUAUGUACAUCCAAUUUUUUAAUGUAACACUAAAUGUUAAUUGUUCUCUUAUUCUUUUUAUUAUAUUUAGUAGACACUUUUGAAGAAUACUAGAGUUUUGUUGUGUUUAAAUCACCAACACAUGGUGAUUUAGUUUUGUUCUGAUUUUUUUAUUUUAGAAGUCACAAUAAUGUAUUGGGUUUAGAUGUCACUAGUUUGACUGGUGAUCAUGUUUUGACAUAAAAUAUAUCCAAAAUGUUAUAUAAAAAUAUUGUGGUUUUUUUCUCAAUGGAAUUAUGUUUCAACAAAGUUCCAAUUUUUUAAAAAUGCAUUUAUUUUAAUAGCAGUGUUUUCUCUGCACUAGAUGCAAAAUACUGAAAAUAAUUUAAUCAGAAAAAUGUAUGGGCAUGGCUUUAGGACUGUAAGUCACAUGCAGAAUCAAAACUGUUUGGCACACAGUACACAGCAGAAAUAAUUCACAGUGUGUAACAAAACACCUUCCUUUUUGUAUACUUUUCUCUUUAUAUUUUGAGCUAAGAUACAAAUGAAGCUGACAUUUAGCUGUCAUUGCGAUCAGUUAGGACAAAAAAACCCCAACAACUCAGUGCUACCAAGCUGAAAUAAAGCAGUUGAAUCCUGGCAUAUACUUAAAAACAAAACAAACACCCCCCCCCCCCAAAAUGUGAAUUGGAUCAAUGUUCCUUCAAAAGCAGAAAUUAAGAUGGCUAAAACUAACAAGACAGUAAUACGUCUGGGUCCAAUACUGAACUGUAUUUUAUACAGACUUAAAAUUAACUAGUACUCUGAAGUAUUUUACUGAAUUAAUACGGUAGAAGUGCAAAACCUCAGAAAGCAGUGGUGUUUCUAUGUGUGCACUGGGUAUAAUAUAGAUGCGUAAUUUACAGUUGAACCCACAGACGCUUUGUACGUUGUCUUUUCUGAAUCCAUGGAAGUUCUCUGCAGGGCCCGCACACGAGUCACGAGCAGGGUGGGUUUGCGGUGAAGUACGUGGGUAGUUGUAAGAGAUACCUAAUCAGCAAGCACAGACUUUUCUACACUUUAUGACCACUAUCAAUGUGCAACUUUUUACAUGUUUUUACAUACCAAAUACGUUCUUGGUAAGUAAAAGUUAAUUGUUAAAAUAAUGGAUGUGCCUGGGUUUUGAGGGUGUUUGAAGUUUUUUAGCUCUCUAGCUUCUCAAAUAUAUCAAAGACCCCUCCCAAAAUUUACAAAUAGCUCCAAACUUCUUUUUUCCCUUCAGUCAACUGUCUAAAAAUGAAAAAGUGAUUAGCAUAGUUUCACUAAUAAGCUGCUUCGGUGCAAAAAACUUUAGUACGUCUCAUGGAUACAUGCCUUGUUGAUCUUGCGUUUCAACAUAAAGCUGAGUGAAGCUAUUAAUUAUGCAUUUAAAUCAAGUACUUAUGCUGCUACACACAAUCUUUUAUAUGUUCAUGAGAUCUCAUGCAUUUUUAAUCAUGUGACAAUUAGAUGUUGGGAUUAGGCAAGUGUCUUUUGAUCAUGGAGAAGUCGCAUGGGGGAAGCAUUUAUUCAUCACCUUCUCCUGUAUUUGUUUGUAAUGUUAAUGGGAAAUUUCCUCUUGCCUUCUCCAGAAAAGCUUCAGAGCAAUAAUUAUCACCUUGUCUAUAUGCUAUUCUAACCUUAAAACUGCCUCUAUUAUUAUAGCUGGCAUGAUGAAUUAAAACUGAGAUCUCUUUUGCAGUUAAGAUUCACUCUAUUUUUUCCAGAGAAAAGGACACAGUGAGGACACGGUUGACAGCAAAAUGAUGGCUUCCAACUUGCAUGACAUAAUAAAAUUGUCUUUAGAAAAUAAUUAAUUGAACAGGUGUCAGACGGUGCAGACCAAGCCCCUUUCUCCAUCAUCUCAGCUUCCUGCAGCCCUUGUACAGCUAUACCAUAGAUACUCAGUAACGAAGAUCACGCAAAGCCCACGGUGCUCUACUUGAGCCUCCUAUCCAAACCCUCCAUCGUCAGUCACCAUGAGGUAACCUAAGCACGGGCUGCCCUCCAAAACAGUGAUCCUGCUCUUCCUCCUCCCUGUCCCCAUCUCCCAUCCUCAAUUACGCACAACUUUGACAUCUACUUGCCUUCUGAACGUCCUCAUAUCGACCAGUCCCUGCUGCUGGAGACAAGACCACGCCGACAACUUUGCUGGGUGCGCACGUGUGGCUGGAUUCGUUUAUGCCUAGCCAUGUUCUGCAGUUUGGGCAGUUUCAGAAACACAAUGACUGGCAAAAAGGAAGGUGGCAGGGACACAUGCCACGCAGCACGACAAAGCAGCACUCAACACUUUGAUCAGCAAUCGCCAACAGCAGCUGGGGGUAUGGGAAGUAAAGCAAUGUUUAACAUGUUCCUCUCCACCAGGGAAAUAAUGGGCCUUUUGUUCCCUGCAGACCUAUUUGGCAGUUUUAUGUCAUUUGUUAUCUUUUUAGAGCAAUGCUGUUGAAGAACAGCAGGAGAAAAUGGCCUUAUGACAGCCACGCGCUUCUCCAGGAUGUGCUGAUCUGUAUUUCAGGGCAGCUGAUGUUGCUGGGAAUCUGGGAGAGAGAUGCAGGUUACCUGGGAACAGCUCAGCAGCAAGAAGCACCUAGUUAAUGCAGUGUAUUCUGCACACACAGCCACCAGUGAUAAGUACUUCCAGCCUUGUAACCUCUCCCCUUAACGUUCUGUACAGAUCCCCUGGAAAUUUAAAAUUUUGCAAAUAAAAAAAAAAAGCAUUGGGUAAGAAAUUAAUCACAUGUGGCAUAUAAUCUUAGCUAAUAACCUUCAAUCUUGUGCUAGCAAUUCUGUGCUUGCAGUUUGUUGUGAGCAAAAAUAAAAAUACUCUGCCUAAUUGCCUUCAAAAUGUAUUUGCAUCUACUGGUCACUGAAGACAAAGAAACACCCCCAGUUUGCUCAGAAUCAGAGAUUGCGACUGGCCACUUUAAAAACAGUAUGGGGGAAAAAACGUUGUUACCUUUCAUUUGGCUAACAGUUUAGAAAUGCUGUGUAAGAGUAGACAUUUCAUACCCAACUAAACUUCUGCAGUGUUACUUCCACUUGGUUGCCCAAUAAUGAAAUAUUUCAGUCCCCUGAAGAGUAAAUAGCUCACUCAAGUGUAGCAUGCAGUACUCCAGCUAAAUCCACUUUUCAUUUCCUCACCUAAAUCAUAAUAUCCUAUUGGAUUGAGAGAGGAUAUUUUCACCCAAGAGCCAAGACUGAUACUGGACACGGUCUUGGAAUAAAGCGCACAAAUACACCGAUGCUUUCACAGAGCUACGAUCUGCCCUCCAGCCCCGCCUCAUGACUAUGUACUCGUUUAGUUACUAAAAGAAGGUUAUGAGGAGAAAAGGCCAGCAGUUUGACCACUGGUUUCAUAAAUGGGUUAAAACUGGGAAUAGGUCAGCAAAUCUGGUCCAGUGGAGGGUGUCCCUGCCCAUGGCGGGGGGUUGGAACUUGACGAUCUUUAAGGUCCCUUCCAACCCAAACCAUUCUGUGAUUCUGUGAUAAAUCCGAGAUCCAGUGAGAAGUGCAUGACCUUGCCCUAUUGCCACUGACAAGCUGUAAGUGAUAAAAGGAGCACCUUUUUGAGUUCAAAUUAGGAAACUCCUUUUGCUUUGUGCUGGCAACCCUGAGAACAAGACUGAGGACAAAUGCAGUGCAGUGCACUGCAGUGAAAUCCCUGAAAUUAAGUGGGAUAAGCAGCUGGGAGCUACUUCUGCAACGUCUCCACCACAGCCGAUGCACCCUGUAUGGGAAGCGGACAAUUCACUUGGGGCACAUCUCUUUCUAGUCAUCUCCAUCCUGCAAAGCAUUGUGACGAACAUGUGUGCAAUGAGCGAGUCGCGCUGGAAAAGCACGCAGGGGUGUGGGACUGGUGCCGGAGGAGCUCCUUCACAAUCCACCCAACACACUAGGAGUAGCUGUUUGUUACACUGUGAUCCUGCUCCACAACCCGCCACCGACAUGAAUGCCAUGAAUUUCUGCUGCAACUGGAAUUUGCCUUCUCACGCUCACCAUGCCGACAGCACCACCACUGCAGCGCCGGCGCCCACAGCUAUGGAAAGCCCAAGACCGAAGGGCAAGGUGAAUGUGCUACCAUUGAACCUUCUUCAGGAAAACCCAGAGUGCCUGAGCUGGAGAUCUCAACGGCUGUUACACAUUGCCCUUAUUAAAAUACUGGCACCGUGUCCCUGCAAAAAAGAUACUACCGCUACCAAAACCCCUAGAUAACAUUUCUUUGCAGUGUCAUACAGAAGUGAAUGUUUUGUGUUUCCCCUGAACUGUCAACGUUUUAAUCUUCUCCUUUUCUGCUCUUUCCAACUAUUGCAAUUUUUUACAUUUGAGAACUGUUACCCACCCACUCUCUCGUACGUCUGCUCUGUAGUCAGCCUUUCCCUGGUCUCACCCUGCCCCACGCCCUUCUGCUAGUCAAGGGCAAGUCCUGUACAGCCUUGGUCAUCACGAGAUCUCAAAAGAUGACGCUAAAGGACUUCUAAUUUGUAUUUAACUUUGCAGCUACCUGCUUCCCCGCCAACCUUUCUCCCUUCACCUCAUCCUUACCCUGUUUUUCUUUCAGCCGUUUCCCUCCGGAGACCUCAAUUGCUGUUGACUGUCAGUAAGAGUCAGAUCAAGGCUGCGAUUCCGGCAGGCAGCGUUGCGGUGCCGCCCUGCCGCCUCCCCGUUUACUGCUAAUGCACAGAACUUCCCACUUAGCAAAACCCCUGACCGUCUCCCCGUCUCCCCACUCCACUUCUCUAUCUGCCCUUAUUUGUGAGCAUAUUAUGACCCUCGUUAUUUUUUCUACUGGUACGAAAGCAACAAAAGACUGAUUUUUUCUUUCUAGUAAGGUAAAGGAGAUUUACCGUAAAAUUUGUACUAUUGUAUAUUUAUGUCGAGUAGACCAAAGGAAUGCUGAAUCAUAAUAAAAGAAUCAUAACAACAGUUUUUGAAAUACAUGAAAAUAAAUACUUUGGAAAAGCUGGAAUUGAUCAUUAAGUAAAAUUUUCAAAAGCAACUAAAUGACUUAAGAGCUUACAUCUCACUAACUUCAGUGGUACAUUAGGUGCAAAAUCAGGUAAAUGAGAUUUUUCUCAAGUGCAUCUGGAAGUAUUAACUUUCCUUAAAUUUUGA